AAUGGAAAAGCUUGCCGGCACUUCACAUGAAACUUGACAGUCUGAAGCCUGAGAAGGCACGCGGAGGAAGAAGAGUAGAGGGAGAGGGUGAAGAAGACCGAAUUAAAGGAAGGAGGAAAGAGGAAAGAGGGAGAAAUUGGGCUGGAAAUCCUUCCUGCUUUUACUUCUACUUUGUGUGAUUGUGGCGGAAAUUUGGUUCCAUUUUGUGUCGCUUCUACUGAGAUCAACUGAAGAGGGGGGAUAAAGUGAUUACCCUUUAGGAUUCCUGUCGCGGCUGCCGUAAUUGCCGCACUGAGAGACGAGGUUCUAUUACGACUGUUUUGGUCUGCAGUCCCUUUCUUUUGGGCAUUAUUGAAGAGCUUUCCCUGGCACUUGAGCUAUUUUGGCAAUACUUAAUCAGUUCAUUACUUGUGCUGGAGAUUAGGGUUUCUUUGUUUUGGCUGGACACAGAGGAUGUGCGAUGGGUGCGGUUGAUGUUUACUGCUGGACUCCACAGGGGGUCAUCGAUGAGAGAUGGAUAAGGGUCUUCAUGGAAGUGGCUUAUAUUGGCAUGAGAGUGCUCUAUAAAGUUGCUUCAGUGCGUGAUUCAGUUUAGCCAGUCAGUAUUACUUUCAUUUUUGACCUGCAUAGGUGCUUGUGGCCUGAGUUAGAUCUUCCGAGUUAAUCGUCUUUAUCUUUGUAUUAUGUAGAAAGUCUGAUGAUUCCUGUUUUUGGAACGGAAAAUAGCAAUUUUUGUUAAAUUAUUUUAGAAGAGUUGUUCAUAGAAAAUAUGUUCUCAGAGAAUUGUUGGGCUAAUAUUUAUAUAAACAGUUGAUUGAUGAAAUUUGAGAUCAGACCAGUCAGUUUUUGGUAGCAUAGCAGUGAUGAAAGAACCUGUUAGUCUGAUUCAUUUCUAUUUGGCUUCUUAGCUACAGAUCCCCUUUUAACUAUGCAUGGGACUGGCCAAUAGAAAUAGGAAGUUCUCGGAGAUUGUUCAUAUGAUGAAGACCUGGAGCCCACGAAGGUCAGAGCCAGAAAAUGUGUUGAGAGACUUCUGGAUGCCAGAUGACAGUUGCAGGGUUUGUUAUGAGUGUGAUUCACAAUUUACAGUUUUUAACCGUAGACAUCAUUGCCGUCUGUGUGGGCGUAUAUUUUGUGCAAAGUGUACCUCAAAUUUUGUGCCAGUUAAUUCUGAUGAGUCGAGGCAUAUGCAGGAAGAAAAUGAACGAAGAAUUAGGGUUUGUAACUAUUGCUUUAAACAAUGGGAGCAAGACCUAGCAGCUAAUAGUCUUGGUGGUGGUGUUUCCACCUCUCCUCUGGUCCUCGACCAUUUUCUUUCAACAACUAGCUUGACUAGUACUCAGUCAAGCGGGACAACUAGCAGCGGUGCAACAGCUACAGGAUUUGGGCAAUACUCUCCUGGUGAUUAUCAGAGUACAAAAUGUAGCUCAGGUCAUAGCGUCAGUCAGUCCACGUACAUUGGUCCAGUCCCUGAUAAACAAGAUAUGAUGAUGACUGAAGGAAACAUGGAUUCAGUUGCCGGGACAGUACAUCCUCCCUCUAAUGAGUUCGGCUUUUGCCUGAAUAGGAGUGAUGAUGAAGAGGACGAGUAUGAUGGUCAUUCAGACUCAGGAAGACACCAGUUUCUAACUUCUGCUGAUUAUUUUCAUCCUGUAAAUUUUGAUGAAGUUCACCGCGGUUACUGCUCAAAUGGAGUUCAUCCUGCUGCAGAAUUUAAUGAUGUGGAAGAAAAAAUUUCUCAUGCACAUGGUGAGAUGCUGAGUUAUGAUUUGUUGGAGAAGGAUAAGACUUCUGAAGAGUUGGGUCAUGAUAAUAGCUGUGAGUGCAAUGCUUCGUCUGCCAUAUAUGGUAUAGAAAGUACAGAUAAACAGCCUGUGGAUAUUGAGAACAAUGAACGGCUUUGGCUUCCUCCUGAACCUGAAAAUGAAGAAGAUGAACGCGAAUCUUCUUUGGUUGAUGAUGAUGAUGGUGAGGACACUUUAGGAGAGUGGGGGUAUCUGCAAUCGAACAGCUUUGGCAGUGGUGAGUGUCGAACUAGAGAUCGGUCAAGUGAAGAGCACAAGAAGGCCAUGAAAAAUGUUGUUGAUGGACAUUUCAGGGCUUUAGUAGCUCAACUUCUUCAGGUUGAAAAUCUUCCUGUUGGUGAAGAGCAUAACAAUGAUGGAUGGCUGGAGAUAAUUACUACUUUGUCAUGGGAAGCAGCGACUCUGCUUAAGCCAGAUACUAGCAAAGGUGGAGGUAUGGAUCCUGGUGGCUACGUGAAGGUCAAGUGCGUGGCUUGUGGGUCUCGCAAUGAAAGUAAAGUAAUAAAAGGAGUGGUUUGUAAGAAAAAUGUUGCUCAUCGUCGGAUGCCAUCAAGGGUGGAGAAACCACGUCUUUUAAUCCUGGGAGGAGCUCUUGAAUACCAGCGGGUGACAAAUCUGUUGUCCAGUUUUGAUACUUUGUUGCAGCAGGAAAUGGAUCACUUGAAGAUGGCUGUUGCUAAAAUUGAUGCUCAGCAUCCCAAUGUUCUUCUGGUUGAGAAAUCAGUGUCUCGUUAUGCUCAAGAUUAUCUUCUUGCAAAGAACAUUUCUCUUGUUUUGAAUAUUAAAAGGCCUCUUUUGGAACGCAUAUCUCGCUGUACUGGUGCUCAGAUUGUCCCAUCAAUCGACCAUCUGUCAUCACUAAAGCUAGGUCAUUGUGAUUUGUUCCAUGUGGAUAGGUUUUUUGAAGACCAUGGGAGUGCUUGUCAAAAUGGAAACAAAUUAACUAAGACACUGAUGUUCUUUGAAGGAUGCCCAAAGCCACUGGGCUGUACAAUUCUGCUCAAAGGUGCCAAUGGGGAUGAACUAAAGAAAGUUAAACACGUUAUCCAAUAUGGAGUUUUUGCAGCGUAUCAUUUAGCUCUUGAAACCUCAUUUUUAGCAGACGAAGGUGCCUCUUUACCAGAGCUUCCUUUGAAAUCCCCUUUAACUGUUGCACUGCCUGAUACACCAUCCAUUACAAAUAAAUCUAUAUCUACAAUACCUGGUUUCACCUUGUCUUCUGGUGGUAAUUCAUACCAUAGCGGUAAUGUCCAGAUUCUGAAUCCUGCAUCUAAUCUCAGCCAUCCAUCAGUGGAUAUGAAUGAUUAUCCUUUAGAUAGAAGUGGCCAGUAUGAGCAAUUUUCAGAAAGACAAAAAGCAAUGCCUGGUGACUCAUCGCUACCAUGGAUAUUAUCAGGAUUUCAGGAUGUUUGUUAUCAACCUUGGGGUGCAAAAGAGGAAAGCAAAUUGGGUUUGGUUGAUCAUUUUGAGGCUAAAGCGUUGUCAAAAAAUAUGGAGACUGUGCAUAGUCGCUAUGGUUCUAAAAUCAGUGGUCAAGGUAGUGCAGGCACUUCAGACUCAUCCAACAUUACGUCAAAUCAUACACAAGCAGACAGCAGAAAACUUUUUGGAGAACCAGGUACUAUCAACUUGGUAGCUCCACAUCUGGAUAAAAAUGACAGGGAUGAGAAUGUAUUAUCAAAGGAAGAUUUUUCUCCUUCCUCUGAUCACCAGAGCAUUUUGGUUUCACUGUCAACCAGGUGCGCUUGGAAGGGCACUGUUUGUGAGCGUGCACAUUUGUUUCGCAUCAAAUACUAUGGCACCUUUGACAAGCCUUUAGGAAGAUUUUUAAGAGACCAUCUGUUUGACCAGAGUUACCGAUGUCGUUUCUGUGAGAUGCCAUCAGAAGCUCAUGUCCAUUGCUACACUCAUCGUCAAGGAAGCUUAACAAUAUCUGUUAGAAAGCUUUCAGGGUUUCUUUUACCUGGUGAGCGUGACGGUAAAAUUUGGAUGUGGCACAGGUGCCUCUGCUGUCCUCGAAUUAGUGGAUUUCCUCCAGCUACUAAAAGAGUUGUGAUGUCUGAUGCUGCUUGGGGUUUGUCUUUUGGCAAGUUCUUAGAACUCAGCUUUUCAAAUCAUGCUGCUGCUAGUAGAGUGGCAAGCUGUGGUCAUUCACUACACAGGGAUUGCCUGCGCUUUUAUGGAUUUGGAAGGAUGGUUGCUUGUUUCCGCUAUGCGCCAAUCCAUCUACAUUCUGUUUUUCUACCACCUCCAAAACUUGAUUUCAGCUUCCAGCAACACGAUUGGAUUAAAAAAGAAGCGAAUGAGGUUGCUGACAAGGCUGAACAUUUAUUCCGGGAUGUGAUCAAUGCUCUCUGUCAACUUGCUGAGAGGAGGCCAAACAAAGGGUCCCUUAGUGGUAAUGAUACAGACUGCAGACGCAGUAUUGUUGAUUUUGAAGGAAUGCUGAAAAAGGAGAAGGCAGAAUUUGAGGAAUAUUUUCAUAAAGUGGCGAAAAAUGGGGUGAGAAAGGGGGAGCCAGUGAUGGAUAUUCUUGAGAUAAAUAAACUAAGGAAGCAGUUACUUUUCCUGGCAUUUCUGUGGGAUCAGCGUCUAAUAUUUGCUUCUGGUUCAGAGAACAGCAAUCAUGAAGUGGUUAGUGGUCUCAUGACUAAGAGCAAGGACAAGAUUAGUUCUAUUGGAAAACUAGUUGAUUUGAAUAUUGCUCCUAAACUAUUUCGAGGCUCUACUAGUUUGGAUUCAAUAAAAUAUGAUUCUGUUAAAGCGACUACAACUUUGCUCGACCAUAAUGAAGGAUCUCUUGAUAAUACCAGUCAAACUGAUGCAAGUCAUCGAUUAAGAGAUUUUGAUCAGGGCUCUAUUCAAAGUAAAGAGUGCAAAAUCCUUUCUUCUGCAUGCAUUACAUCAAAUAACAAAUUUGAUCCUCUUGAUUCGAGUGUUCUUGCCGAUAAGUUUCUUUCCGAUGGGCAAAUUCCUGCUAUGGAAGAUUUGUCAGGAAACUUACAUGCGAAAUGGACAGGUGAAAAUAGAUCUCAACUUUUUGAGGGUAGCUUGAUGAAAUCACCAAGUUUCGUAGGAGUGACUUCUUCAGUCACAGUCUCCGACAGUUCAGAUGAACAGAUGGGGACCGAUGAAGUGCAGCCCAGUGAAUUUUCAAACAGCUACAGUAGAGAAGGACAUUCUAAAGAUCUCUCAAACUGGAUUAAAUUGCCAUUUCUGAAUUUCUACAAUCUGAUGAAUAAGAAUUUGGGUAAAUUUGAUUCCCUUCGUGAUUACAGUCCUGUUCAUGUUUCUUCUUUUAGGGAAUUGGAACACCAGGGUGGAGCUCGAUUACUUCUUCCUAAUGGAGUCAAUGACACUGUCAUUCUAAUUUAUGAUGAUGAACCAACCAGUAUCAUUUCCUAUGCGCUUGCUUCAACUGAUUACCAUUUUCAGUUAUCUGAGGCCUGCGAGAAAACAAAAGAUGGAGCAGAAUCUUCGACUCAUUUGCCAUUUUUUGAUGUUGGAAAUGUCCAAACUUUUAAGUUAGCAGAUGAUGUUUCUUCUGAAUCUGUCAGAAAUAGUUGGUCGACUGAAUUCAAUUCUUUGCCCAAGUCCGCAAGCAGAAGCUCCUUGAUUGGUGAUCCACUGGCAUUUAGUAAAGCAUUGCAUACCAGAGUUUCUUUUUCAGAUGAUGGAUCCCUUGGUAAAGUCAAAUACACUGUAACGUGUUAUUAUGCAAAACAUUUUGAUAGUUUGAGGAAAACUUGCUGUCCAUCUGAACUUGAUUUCAUAAGAUCACUCAGCCGUUGCAAGAAAUGGGUGGCACAAGGUGGCAAGAGUAAUGUCUUUUUUGCAAAAUCCUUGGAUGACAGGUUUAUAGUAAAGCAGGUUACAAAAACAGAACUGGAAUCAUUUAUCAAAUUUGCUCCAGAGUACUUCAAAUAUCUUUCAGAGUCGAUUGCUACAGGAAGUCCAACUUGCUUGGCUAAGAUUCUUGGAAUCUAUCAGGUUAUAGUUAAGCAAGUAAAAGGUGGAAAAGAAUCGAGGAUGGAUGUACUUGUUAUGGAGAACCUACUGUUUGGACGAAAUAUAACGAAGCUGUAUGACCUAAAGGGAUCUUCGCGAUCACGCUACAAUCCAGAUUCUAACGGCAACAACAAAGUACUCCUAGAUCAGAACUUAAUUGAGGCAAUGCCAACCUCCCCUAUUUUUGUUGGAAAUAAAGCAAAGAGGUUAUUGGAAAGAGCUGUCUGGAAUGAUACAUCUUUUCUUGCUUCCAUUGACGUAAUGGAUUAUUCUCUUCUGGUGGGGGUUGAUGAAGACAACCAUGAACUUAUUCUGGGAAUAAUUGAUUUCAUGCGACAGUAUACUUGGGACAAACACCUGGAAACAUGGGUUAAAGCUUCAGGUAUACUCGGUGGGCCCAAAAAUGUCUCUCCUACUGUCAUUUCACCAGAACAGUACAAGAAGCGCUUCAGGAAAGCCAUGUCUGCUUAUUUUCUUGUGGUACCAGAUCAGUGGUCACCACCAUCUAUAAUCACCAGCAAGUCGCAUUCUGACCUCUCUGAAGCCAAUCAGGUAAGUGCUUCCCUCGAAUCAUAAGUUGUUCUUUUGUAUAUUAUUCUUUAAUAAGUAGGGAAAUUUCCCACCUGUCUUAAUAGUUCAUAUUAGGAAAAACUGUAUUUUGUGUACACAGCAUCACUUGUUAAGAAUAUAUCCAGUAAUUAUUUGAUAAACAGACACUGUAAGCGUCUUAUAUGAAAUCAGAGCUGUAGUGGGAAAACAUGUGGCAUUAGGCUGGUGUAGAUUAGAUGGCAUUGGAAGCAUAAAAGGGUUAGCUUGUCAUGUAGAAUGUGUAGUUCAUGUAGAGGAUUUGUUUCUGAUGAAAGCUAUUUUUUUUUUUUUUU